AUGACAUGGGAGCUAUUGCCUAUUCCAGAAUGGCCAGAACAUGACUGUCUAUUCACCUCUCAUUCCUUUGAGGUAGCUGCAGUCACUUAUAGGGAUCAGAUGGAGCGUUUCAUUCAGAAGCUAUAUGAGAUCCUUGGUAGACAACUUCAGACUGGACCACCUUCCCCAGUCAUCUCUGCAGGACAUCUCAGUGAGGUAGAACCUGGACAAGAACACCUUAGGGAUAGGACCCUACAACUCAAGCAAGAUAUGACCCUUUUAGUGCCCAAAAGUUCUAGAGCCUCUUCUGUCACUCCACAGGAGGCGGCUCAAGAAAACUUACUAAGGAGUCUUAUCAAACCCACUAGUCAAGUUACUAUUGCUAGUCCUUUACUUCCAGAUCCUCAAGUUUCUCCUCCAACUGUAACCUGCACACCUCCAGUAGCACUCCUCCAGGACAACCUCCUAGUAGUCUUCAUUCAUCCAAAGCCUCUCUUACUGUUACUAUGCAACCUAGGUAUUUAG